UUUUUUUAGCUGGGCUUACUGACUGGCUGUUCCGACGCAYCCAACGGAAACGUAAAGACGCACGGUUUACAAACGCAACGAUAAUGUAUCCGAGACAGGAAUAUCAGCCUUUUAAGAACCAGUAUCCUAACGGAUAUUACAAUACAGGUUUGGAUAAUAAUUUUCAAGUAAACCCGGUAUCACAAGAUCCAAARAUAGCAUGGUCCAACCAACAACAACCUCAAGCAUUACACCACAAAAUGGUAUACCCAACAGAUAUGAAUCCAGCCAACAACUCAAGAAUCGAUCCCACACUGGCGUACCCUGUAGCUAUUAGACCAAGUUCUUUUGAACACGGUCGGUUUAUUGAUAAAAUGCAGCCAGGAUUCCCUCGUGUCAAGACCGAAAAAUACUUCGAAUCGCCUUAUCCAGAAGAUACAGUACCAUUAGUAGACCCCCGUCUUUGGUCAAGAGAGGACGUCGCGCGAUGGCUACAAUGGGUUUCCGACGCGUACAGCUUACACGACAUCAAACCUGAUCGAUUUGAGAUGAACGGCAAGGGAUUGUGUUUAAUGACAUUGGACAUGUUCCUGUACAGAGUUCCCGAAGGAGGAAGAGUACUAUAUCACGACUUUCAACGCAGAUUAAGAAUCGCUGUUGGUUCAUAGUCCUCAGCACUGUUUUUGCUAGAAACCAAAUGGAAAGGCUUUAUGUUUAAAAGUAGAUCGGCUAUUUGSGGCAAGAGAAAUCCUUAUUAACGAGAUAAGGCAUCGUCUGGGAAAUAAUCUUCAAGGGAAAAGAUAUCCAGAAGAUAUAAAACAAUAAAAAAAGAUAGAGCAACGCAAGAAAAACAAGGACGAAGGACUCCGACGUAUCAAGACUUAUUUGUUCAUGUUUGAUAAUAUAUUUGUAUAUAUUUAUAAACGAAAGAGAUUGCUAGGUUUUUAUAUGUCAUUCGUUUAUAUCAGUUCGCAACACAUCCAGCGUACUAUUCAUGUGUAUAUAAUGCAUUCGUAGCAGUAUGAAUAAAAACAGACAAUAAAACAAA